ACUUUUCUGAGGUUAGCAAAACUCAUAAGCAUGUGUAAAUAAAAAUCUAAUAAAUACAGAGAUCUAUAAUGUGUUGAUAAAUACUUAUUUAUUGUAAUUUUUAUAUGAAAAAUUAAUCGAAUUCAAAUGUGUUAAAAAAAUUAACAAUUUAUUUAAACGCAUAAAUGGAUUUUUUUCGGCUAACAAGCCGUAGUUUAAUGUACACAUCGAAUUUAAAAUUUACUCAGUUUGUUGUUCGACAUCAAAAUUCAUCAGCACUGAAAAGACCGAGUUCAAAAGAGCCAGAAAUAAAAAUUAGCAGAGAAACCAUUGGUAAAUUAGAACGUCUGUCAUUAGUAGAUUUUGGAAACGAAGCAGGAAUAAAAAGGCUUGAAGCUGCUAUUAAAUUUGCUGAGCAAUUAAGAUCGUUGAAAAUAGAUGACUCAAUUAAACCGAUGUACUGUGUUUUGGAGAACGAAAAUCUUCGAUUGAGACACGACAAAGUUACAGACGGUAAUUAUCGAAAGAAAAUAUUGAAAAACGCAGUUCUUACUGAGGAAGAAUACUUUGUAGCACCUCCAGGAAAUAUACCUUUAGAAAAAUGA